CCUACAUAAACCAUACCAAUCUAAGUAAACUUCCCCACACCAAAAAAAAAUGGCUUCAACUCAGUUUUAUUCAUUCACCCUAUUACUAAUCUUGUUCUCUUCCAUAUCUAACAAUUUUCUGGCAGCCAAACACGGCUCCUACUCUGUCUCCCGCCACCACCACCACCAGCACAGCGGCAGCCACCAUGGCCACAACCAGGCUCCUCCUACCAACCCAAAACUCCAACAGGCUUACAUUGCUUUCCAAGCCUGGAAAAGGGUAAUCUUCUCCGACCCGAACAACUUCAUCUCCAACUGGGUUGGCCCUCAUGUGUGCAACUACACAGGCGUAUACUGCGCCCCUGCUCCUUAUGAUGAGACCCUCACUGUUGUCGCCGGUGUUGAUUUCAACCACGCCAACCUGGCCGGCUUCCUCCCCAACGAACUGGGGCUGCUCUCCGAUCUUGCUCUCAUCCACCUCAAUUCCAACCGCUUCUGUGGUGUCCUCCCAAACACCCUCUCCAACCUCACCCUUCUCUUCGAGCUCGAUCUCAGCAACAACCGCUUCGUCGGCCCUUUUCCUUCCGUUAUCCUCUCUCUCCCCUCCCUCCAUUACCUCGACCUCCGCUUCAACGAAUUCGAAGGGCCUGUGCCACCUCAACUUUUCAACCAAGGCCUCGACGCCAUAAUUGUCAACAACAACAAUUUCACCGGUUCACUUCCCACUGCAUUUAAAGCCAACAUUUCACCCUCCGUUAUCGUUUUCGCCAACAAUAGGUUCCGCGGCUGCCUGCCACCCAGUAUAGCCAAUUUAGCAGAUUCCUUAGAAGAAUUGCUCUUUAUCAACACCAGCCUCUCGGGCUGCCUCCCACCGGAAAUUGGCCACCUUUACAAACUCAAAGUCUUCGACGUUAGUUAUAACAAUUUGGUCGGGCCUGUUCCUUACAGCAUGGCGGGAUUAUAUCAUCUGCAGCAGCUGAAUUUAGCACACAACAAGCUGACCGGAGGCGUACCGGACGGAAUUUGUGCGCUGCCAAAUCUGGAAAAUUUCACGAUUUCUUUCAAUUUUUUCUGUGAAGAAGGGUGGGUAUGCCAGAAUCUAUCGUCCAAGGGUAUAGUGUUUGAUGAUAGUUGGAAUUGUCUUCCAGAGAAAAAGCGGCAGAGGAGUGAGAAUAAAUGCCAGGCUGUGUACAAGCAUCCGGUGGAGUGCUCGCUGGUCCAAUGCGGCGGCGGCGGCGGCGGCAGCGGCGGCGGAGGUGCUCCGUUUGCAUUUCCUCCUGUUAUGGUUCCUGCUGCUGCACCUCUGUUUUCAAUUGCUCCUAGUCCUAGCAAUGUGUAGUAAGAAGGCGUUAAAAGGCAACAGAAUAAGGGCAUGAGUGGCUAGAGCUUUUUAAGCAAAUUUGCGUGAAAGUCCUUUGCUCUUUUUACAAAAAUUCAAAUUUGUUUAUGGGAAGAUCUGAAUAUAUCUUUUAAAGUACU